AUGGGAAUCACAAAAAUGCAAUCAGAACACCUACGUCUAUCCAAGACGAUCUUUACGACAUCCAAGACUACCUUGCAACAAGGAGUACAUCUCGUUAUGAAGGCACAUACUAUUGGAUUGAUUCUCCUCCAGACCACAAACGCUUUUCUAUCGCCGUACGGUAGAAUAAAAAACAUGAAUUCAAUUCCCGGAAGAGUCGAGACAGUUGAAAGCCUUCGCGGUGGCGCUCUCGAGGCGCUGCCCGCAGAGGUCGUCAACCUCCCCUCCACGGUAACUUCUCUCGUCACAUCGUCGCUUCUGUCGGGACCUUACGGGGUCGUAGCUUUGGCAGCAAUUUCGGCCGCCGUUAUCUUGCCUCUUACUCAAGUGAAGAAUAUGUACGGAGUAUCCGUUGGCUACGGCGGCUCUGUCGCGGCGAUUGCCUACGUCUUGUUGCAAACAUUUGUGCCCGCAAAAGGCGACAUUUCGCACUUGCUACUUGGGUCUUCUUUGUUUUACGGAAUCCGGCUCGCGUCGUUCUUGUUCGUGCGGGAUGUGGCUGGAUGGAAGCCUCCAGCAUCCCGUGAAGAGCCUUCGCGGAUGAAGCGUGUUCCGUUCGCCCUGAGUUUGGCAAUAUUUUACGGUCUGAUGACAACGCCUCUCUUGUACGCCAUGCGCACUCCGUCAGCCGUGGGAACGUCGCUUCAUAGAGUCAGUAUGGUAGGGACUGGCAUAGCCUGGGCUGGCGCUAUUUUGGAAGCCGUUGCGGAUGGACACAAAUUUCUCUCGAAACUCAACGUCGAUCCGAAGUCUAAAGCAUUCACCGGUCCUUCGACGGGAGUCUACACAAUGACACGGCAUCCCAACUAUUCCGGGGAGGUUCUAUUUUGGGUAGGAACCUUCGUUGCGGGAGCGCCUUCGUUUGGAAAGUCUAUAAUCGCUUGGUUGUCGUCUACCGCCGGUUUGUACGGCAUUGUAUCAAUCAUGAAUGCUGCGACAAAGGGUUUGGAAAAGCGUCAGGGAGAAAAAUAUGGUGGGCAGAAAGCGUACGAAACUUGGAAAUCUGAUGUUCCCUACCCGCUCGUCCCGCUUAUAAAGGCGUACCCACUUUCACCCCUUUUGGCAAGGGAAAUAGGCUACGGUCGCUAUUUUAACGGGUUGAAAGACUUUCUCUCCUCUCAACCCUCCGUAGCGAAUAAGAUUGAGCUAGUCGGUAAGGAAGAUCCUACGGUGACGGGAAAUUUUGAGGUGUCCGUCGCAGCGACUGGGCAACUUUUGCAUUCCAAGCGACAGGCCGGCCAAGGAAAGGCGACGUCCCCGGGCGAACGGGCGGCGAUUUUGGAGCAAAUAAAAGAGCUAUUGGAUGAAGAUGACUAGUAUUUGGCGAAGAUGCUUCUCGAUGCCUAUGUGUAAUACUUCAGAAACGAGGCGGUAUUCGUUUCGACCGAUUGAUCGAUGGAAUGACGAAUUUGCGAUUUCUCUAGCGAGGGGUCGGACAUUCUGACGGAGAAAGCAAGUGAGAGGAAUCAAAGACAGGUGCUUGUGAAUACAUCGACGAUAAGAACGAUACUGGAUUAGGAAAUUGGACGCCUCUAAAAAUUUGCACUAUUACACGAUUUUACGUCU